AUGGCAGGUAAAAGAGUUUGGUAAAAUGUUGAGAAUUGCCGUAUGAUGUAUCUGUAUGUGUUAUAUGUGUCUGUUAUUCUGAAAUGUAUCUAUUCUGUCUUUUUUUGUAGACUAUGGUGACCCAUGUAACAAGUUAGAGGCUUUCUACUGUAUGAAUGGAGGAACAUGUUUUAAAAUUCAUUUUAUGGACACUCUUACUUGUGUGUAAGUUACUCUCAUGCGCUCCACAUUUCCCCCCAUCACUAUUUUCUAAUGUCACUAAUAGUUUGUCAGCCAUAAGCAGGUGUAAAGUGAUGCUUGGCAAUGAGCUAAGGAAGUUCUGGGAACUACUGCAUGGUGUUUAAGCUUUUGUUUUACUUCAGCUCAGACCAGGUAGACCUACCCUGGCUCUUGGUUCUCAACUGUUGACAGCUUGCUUGAGAAUAACGCUGUUCCUUCUCCCUCAGCUGCAGUGAGAACUACAAAGGCAGUCGGUGUGAGCUGUACCAGCUGUUGAUCACUGCACAUGAUGCAGGGGAGACAGGACUGAUCGCUGCUGUGGUCAUCAUGGUCCUUCUUAUUCUAGUCGUGUUCACAGUAGUUGUCUACUACACUUGCAAGUAAGUAACACAUUCAUUUAGCUUGAUUCAUAAAUACACAAGUAUGCAGGAAUAGUGCUUUCAGGUCUGAUACAGUUUCUUCUACUGUAGGUCUGAGACAUUCCUUGUAUUUGUGUUAUUGUUAGGGUAUGGAAGGCCAAACCAAAGAUCCAGCAGAAAAACAGUGAACAACAGUAUUGGAGAGUGGAGCCCAGAGUCUGA